GUUUUACAGCUGGUCACGCGCCCUACGCAGGGUAUGACGCAAAUAAAAGGGGACGAACAACUAGAACAAAGACUACACGUGGAGUCUCUACUCUACUUCCGGACUACAAAUCCAACCACGAGCCGGUCCGGAAGUGCUUCUCGUGUUCACGCUGUGUUGUGUGAGCUUUAGUGAAAGAACAACAUGACAGAGACGAAUAACAGACACCAGGAGAGAACAUGCACUGCUGCACACGGUACCUCAUCUUCUUUCAAUACAUUGGAUCCAGAUACAGUGGUGCAGUGAAGGUGCCUCCACAUCAGCUGCAGAGGAAAGGCAUCCAGGACCAUUUAGAGGAUGCCAUAAGGAAGCUGAGGCCCAUCAACCCGGUGUCUCUGUCGAUCUCCAGCAGGACAGACACAGGUGUCCACGCCCUCUGUAACUCCGCCCACUUUGACCUCCAGCGCAGAGACAACAAGGCUCCGUUCACUGAGGACAUUCUUGUUGAGGCCCUGAAUUUCCACCUCAGGACCGAACAAAUCAGGGUCACCCACGCCCACCGUGUGUCUGAUAACUUCCAUGCCCGUUUUUGUGCUGACUCUCGGACCUACGUUUACCGGAUCGCCCUGGGAAUCUCCCACAGCUCCCUGCUUCCCCUCACAGAUCACGAUCUGUGCUGGAACCUCCGCAACACGGAGCUGGAUGUAGGAGCCAUGCACAAGGCUGCUGCCCUGCUGGUUGGGACUCAUAACUUCAACAGCUUCAGGGCGGUCAGCUCCGACAUGCCUUUUAAAAACCCCGUCAAGACACUGGAUGUGGCCGACAUUCAGCCAGGAAGCUCUUUCUCACACACACACUUCCACAGGAACAUUCCACUCUGGGAACUGACUUUCAGGAGCAGAUCUUUUCUCUACAGGCAGGUGCGGAGGAUGUCGGGGGCCCUGGUGGCUGUAGGCCAGGGGAAGCUGUCAGUGCCCCAGCUGAAGGACAUAUUGGAGGCUCAGGACUCUUUAGCCUUCCCACAGGGUCUGACUGCCCCAGCUCACGGCCUCUUCCUCACCAGAGUGGACUACAGAGACGCAGAACUGCAGUUUUCAAAACAGACUUCAGAGCAACAUCUUCCCUCUACAGGAAACUCAGAGGAUUAAUUUGAACAAUUAAUUUGUGUGAUUGUAUUUCUCUAUUAAUGCAUGCAAAGAUUGAAAUAAAGAUUUUAUAUUUCUA